UGUUGUUCGAAGAGGUGCGGCGGCGGCGCGACGGCGGCGCGACGGCGCACAGCGCGGCGGCGUGGCGGACCGCAUUACAGCGAGGCACGAGGCGCGAGAGACGCGCGGUGAACGUUCGGCUACCGACGUGACUGGCCGUGGACUUUCGGUUCUCGAGCGAGCGAGCGAGGCAGUUGGCCGUCAGUCCGCGAGACAGGACCGCGUGAUGCGAAUGUGUCGUCGUAGUCCUCGUUCGCGUAGGAAGUUCGAGACGCGCAACGGCGAGUGUCCCGAGUGAUUCGGUGAGACCGAGCGACUGAGAGGGAAGCCGAAAACGUCGAAAAUGUGGAGCCCGACGCACGUCCAGGUGACAGUUCAAAGGGCUAAGGACCUGCUGACUAAAGGAAAGCACAAGAGCAACGACUGCUUCGUGACGAUCGCGCUCGGCAAGGAAAAGUACCAGACAUCGGUGAAGGAGAAGGCCACCAAGGACGUGGAAUGGCACGAGGAAUGCGAGCUGCUGAUCCCGGAACAGGGGAACACCGCGGAGAUCGUCCUCACCGCUCUGCACCGCAACUUCCUGGGUGUCGACGAGUUCCUCGGCACCGUCAGCAUACCGCUCUCCAGCUUCGACGUGUACGAGAGACCUAGGAACAGAUGGUACGCCCUUAACAGUAAACCGGGCAAAGAAAAUACAAAGGAGAGAGGCGAGCUCGAAGUGAAGAUCGGUUUCAUCGUGAAAGCAGGAAGCUUGACCGACUUAAGUAAGAAAGAACGUCACAAAAGCUCCUUGGGACAAUUGUCCACUGCUGCGCAGUCGAUUGGUGGCAGUUUGCUCAGUAUCGGCAGCCUUGAAAAACGUAAGGGCCUCAAGAAGCUAGCCAAGUCGAUCGGAAAUAAAGUCAAAGGCAAGAGCAAAAAUCGGCUUGAUGGAAAUAAUCUGGAUGAGAAGGAGGAACGCGAGUUCAGAAUUACGCGGCAGGAACCGGGUGAGGCUGAUCCCGGAGUUAUUAGUGAAGACGAAGAUGAAUUCACGUUCGACGAUUUGUCCCACAAAAGCUCGGCUUCAUCGUUAAAUGCGCCUGUGCAUCCGGCUGUUAAUAAUGGCAAUGCAAAUAGCAUCUCGAAUGGUUCGCAGAGCAACGUCUUUAGCGAAGUGAACACACCAUCCGCGCCAAUCAAUGCAGCCCCAAGUAAACCACCGCGAUUUGUCAUGAGCGCGUCUACUACAAAUCUAUCAAAAGUCGACAAUUUAACGAAGGAUGACGAAUGGGGUUUGAAGCUCUAUGGCAAGCAGGCGAGCAGCGUGCCUAAAAGAUGGGAGAGCAAACCUAAGAUUGUGGUGGACGAGCUACAGGAUAAAUGUGAUGUAUCACCCAUUCGUUCGCCGUCACCAAUCACAUCGAGAUUGAAAGAUCUUCCGGAACCACCCAGUCCGGCACCAAGAGAAAUUCUUCAUCCGAGGAACAAAGAUGAGAAACUCGUUGCGAGCAAAGAAAAACUUUUCGCCAGUAAAGAGAAGCUCGUGAAGGAUGAUAAAUUAAAAGAUAAGAAGGAUGAUAAACAUGGCCCGUUAAGUCUCAAGGAAGAAAAACACGUGAAGAAAGAUAAGAAAAAGGACAAAGAUAACAAAUUCAAAGAUAUUAACGACGAGAAUCACUUGUCUUCCGAAAGAAUAAUCAUUGGCGGUGAGGACGCCGUUAAAAAUGCCGCAAAUUCUCGUUUACCACAUGAAGUUCUCAACCAAUUUGAGGGAAAAUCAAGAGAAGAUCUGAUAGAAUUGGCAUUGCAAUUGCAAACGCAAGUCACAGAAAAGAAUAAGAGACUCACAGAUCUGGAGGAUUAUAUCGAUGCGUUGCUGUUACGCGUGAUCGAAUGUUCUCCACGAUUACUUCAAAAUCCGUAUCAAAGGCGAUUAUCAUCUCCUGGCAAUCAGUAGAUCGUUAAUGUGCGAUGAUGAAGUUUUCCUAUCUCCACUUGGGAGUCACUCUGUUUUAAUUCCUUAGUGAUACUUUUAUCUAGACAUGACUGACAAGUGGCUAUUUGUUAUUAACAUCGCUCUAUAGUCUAAUUUAUUUUCUUUUGUAUAUGUUAAUUUGAAGAAAAAGUUAUAACGUUCUCGCAGUAGCGUUGCACGAAACCCCGUAUUUAUUUAUAAAUCCCGUGAGAAUAAUUAUAAGAAAAUGAUAAUAAAUAAAUAGGAAAUCAUUUACUAUCGGAGAUCGACUUAUCAAUAUGAACAAAGAAUAGAUAUGAAUGCCAAUGAAAAUGAUAUGCAUUUCACAUAAUUGCCCGUCUUCCCAGUAAAUAAAAUCGUCAAAAAUUUGUGUUCGUUCGCGAUUGAGAUUUCCGUCCAAUUGACGUUUGUAAGGAAACAUAAGCGAACACGACUGUAUCUCUUUUAUUACUAUCUACUAUAAGUUAUUUAUAUCUAAGAAUGCAUUAUAAUAAAAUAAGUAAAAGUCCUGAAGUAGCGAGAUAUUUUGUGAGAUGAAAUACAGGAAAAUACGUGCCUUUCGCCUUGUACAUGUAUGCACUCGCAUUAAAUCCAAUCAUGCCUUAUUAAUUAGGAUAGUUAUAUUUAAUUACAAACAUUAUUGAAUAAAA